AUGAUUCACUUCGGAAGCGUCUGGGAAAAUUCCGAAGAUGGGACAUCUUCUGCACAGGGCCGCGACUUCGACCCGCCCACCUGCAUACUAAGCGCCCUCGCCUUCUUCGUGGCUCUUCUUCCACCGCCUCCGUUCCUGGGCUGCGAGCAUGGCCACAAGUUUGAGACGCGAUCAUUCCGCGACGAUCCCCUACACGUUACCCUAUCUUCGACCUUGACCUCACCACCUCGCCACCUCACCUCUCACCCUGUACGGCUACGGCAGUCGGGUCCGACUCUGAGAUCUGGUAUCUCCAAGCUUCAAUCACCACAACCAUUUCCACGCUCCUGCUGGUCAGGUUCUCUUCAUAUUCUUCCGACCUCGGUAGCGCAACCCUUCGUGAUGCAGGCACCUAAGCAGAUCAACACGGGCUUCGGCUCUUGCCUCGCCUCUAUCGACCUCGAAGCAGCUCACUUUGCUGCAGAGCGCCUACACCACCUCUCCAUCAACCCACCCGCCCCUCAGUACCCUGCUGGCUCCUCUCACGGCGCUGACUUUCACCGCAGCAGCUUCACCAUGCCCAUCGCUUACCCUCGCGCCACCUACUCCGAGCCUCUGGCUGGCGGCGAUUCGCUUUCCGAAUUGCUGCCAGGAACGCACGAGGUUCUGUCGCAGAACGCGCGCGCUGUUGACGCCUGCCACUUUGUGCCCGUGAAAGUGGAACCCACUCCUGGACUGUACACACCCUUCGUGAGAGGAGGCACCGACCCCAAGCAGCUGCGUAAACGGCGUGUCCUGGUGGUUGAGCGCUUGAUCCCAAAGCGUGCACCUACCAACCCAGACGCUAAGAUCCUUAUCCUCACUCACGGUCUCGGCUUCACGAAAGAAUGCUUCAUCCCCAUCGUGGAUGAGCUCUUGAGGACAAAGCCCAACGAGAUCGAGGAGAUCUGGAUGAUCGAUACCCUUGGCCACGGCAUGUCGGCUGUGGUCAAUCGACAGCUCGAUGACCCUUCCCCUCUGGAGUUCAGCGAUCGUUGCAUUGACGGCAACGAUCUCGCCCGCGACAUCUUGCAGUUCAUCUGCUGCUUCAUGCCCUCAACACGCACCUCGACUCCGGUCGAACCAUCGAGGACGCUCGACUUCCACCUUCCGCGCUUGCCCAGGAAGAAGCUUGUGGGUAUCGGCCACUCGUUCGGCGGCGCAGCACUGACGCAAGCGUCUUAUCACUUUCCAGACCUGUUCGAUUCGGUGAUCCUGUUGGAAAGCAUCCUAGGCACCUUCGAACAGGUUGACCGUAUUCACGCCGUACCGCUGGCUCGGUACACUUUGCUCAAGAAGGACCGCUGGGAGUCGCGCGAGGAGGCACGCGCUGAAGCUGACACGGACAAGCACAUGCAGUUGUGGCACCCGUCGGUGCGCGAUGCGUUUGCUGCGGGAAUGUUGACGGAAUCUUUGACGAUUCCAGGCACCUACGAACGCAGUGCGGACAAGGUAGCCGAAGCGCUCUCGAUUCGUGGAAACCGACCUGGUAUGCAGGUCUCGCAAUACCUGCACUGUCUGCCCGCACGUCUUCCGGUCUUGUUCGUCUCUGCACACAAGCCAUUGCUGCUGCCACUGGAAGAGAUCUUCCACACGGCGCAAAGCAUCCCUAACCUCCACUUUGAGGUCAUGACGGGCACGCACAACUUGCCACACGAGCGACCCAUCGAGAUUGCUCACCGCAUUCUUCGCUUUUGGCGCGAGACCGACGUUACAGUCCCCUUCUUCCGCGAGAGCAGACUCUGA